CUUGGGAAGGUUUUGAUGAGCUGCCACCUCGAAGCACAGCAGUCCGUAAAGUGCAGUUACCUCUUUGGUCUUGUUAGAUACAGCGCUCAGCGUUUUGAUCUAGCAGCGAAGAAUGAUUGGUGUUGCAUUUCCAAGUUGAACCAAGAAGAGCAAUUUUCAUUCAUUGCGGAAUGGUAUGAUUCCAAUGCAAGUCUAAUUCGACGUUACAUGUUCCUGUAUUAUACAAAGGAUGGAUCUAUUGAAAUGUUUGACAUAAAACUCCAUCGUACUUUUCUGAAACGAACUAAAUAUGAAGGUUUGCGGCAAGAAGACUUGUUUGUUGGCAGUACAAUUACUGUGUACUCUCGUCAACUACGAUUGGUAGGCUAUGGGGAUCAGCAAACAGCACAGAGACUGGGAAGUAAAAAACAAAGGACCUUGGGUGUAAUAAAGCCAAGUAAUGAUGUUAAAUUGGGAAAAUUGCUUAAUAUGAUCUACUCAUCAGGAUUGGUCAUAACUAGAGCAAAAAUGAUCAACCUAACAAGUGAUCUCCUUCAGUACUUAAGCUGUGGUCCUGCAGUUGCACUGGAAAUCUUGGGAGAUGAGGCAGUAUCUGCUUGGAAGAACCUAAUUGCUUCUGGAAGUGCAAGCAGAGCACAAAAUCAAGCAAGUGUGCGGGCACUGUAUGGAAUUGGUGAUGUCAGGAAUAACGCCUAUGGCUCUGAAUGUGCCGCAUCUGCAGCUCGAGAGCUAGACAUUUUCUUCCCAUCACCCGGCAAAGGACCGUUAAAUACAGCAAGUUGUACUGAUUGCACGCUGUGUAUUAUCAAACCACAUGCUAUUGCUGAAGGUCUAGCUGGAACGAUUUUGAAUACCAUUGAAGAAAUGGGAUUUCAUUACAGUGCACUCCAAAUGUUUUAUGUAGAACGAACCAAUGCAGAGGAGUUCUUGGAAAUAUACAAAGGAGUUGUUGCUGAAUACAAUGCUAUGGUAAUUGAACUAUGUUCAGGCCCUUGCCUGGCCUUGGAAUUACAGGGAAGUGAGGUUCAGAAGUCAUUUAGAGAAUGCUGUGGACCAUCUGAUCCUGAAAUAGCUCGUCACCUUCGACCUCAUAGUUUACGUGCCCUCUAUGGAAAAUCUAAAGUUCAGAAUGCCGUACAUUGUACAGACCUUCCAGAAGACGGUGGUUUGGAGGUCCAGUAUUUUUUCAAGAUUUUGGAUAUUUGACACUGGUUAAAUAUUUUCAGAAAAAUCCCACGACAAUGGGUUCAUAAGUUUUAUUUUUCUGAUGCUUUCAAUCAAGUGUGGAGCACUGUUCUCCAAACAAGUUUACAGAUGUUACGUUGCAUUUUAACAUGAACAUCCUACUGCAUUGGUUUACUUCAAAUAAAGAUGAUUUUACCAGUGA